AUGCCGACGACACACAAGAAACGGCUUCUGGCCUCGCGCAAAAGCGUAUCAGUUGAUUUACUUCCGCAACAUUAUGAAUAUGAGAAUGAGUAUGAGAAAUGGAAAAAGACACAGCCGGAAAUUAAGCUUGAGCUCUCAAUCGACGAAUUUGGAGUAAUCUAUUGGAUUUGGUCGUUUUCAGUGGUUCUCGGAUGCCUUUACAACAUCCUUAUUCUAUCAGUAUUAGCAUUUGAAGAUGUACGGGAUUCUUAUUUGGAUCAAUGGGUUCCUGUCAAUUUCUAUUUCGAUCUCGUCUUCCUUUUCGAUAUCGUCGUCCGCUCAAUGUUAAAUUUUUACGAUCAAGGGGUUUUGGUUACCGAAUAUGUGGAAACCAGCAAGAAGUAUUUUAAAAGUAUUUAUGCAAUUGUCGAUUUUCUCGCAAUCGUCCCAUUUGAUCUGCUAGUCAUUCGCAAGACAUCGUCAGCAUUCUGCAGAUUAAAUCGCUUGCUGAAAUUAUACAGAAUUCGAAAUUUUGUCGAACUCUCGUAUGGAAAAUUAUCGCAAGUUACAAUCUCAUUGACACAAAUUAUCGCCUUCUGCUUUCUGCUUUUCCAUUGCAACGCAUGCGUAUUUUAUAUCAUAUCGGUUAAUAGUGAUUUGGCAAAUUGGAAAGGCUUAAACGCAACAUUCGACGAUGAUGAAUUGCUCCCAUGGCCAUAUAUGGCUGAGAAAAUCACCGAUGCCUAUUUGAUUGGCUGCGACGGCCAAGACCAUUGCUACAACGAGGAUUUCUAUUUUGACGAGGAACGCGAGCAGCACCUCAUCGAGCUUUACCAUCAUUGGAUGAGUGAGAAUAGGACAAUGCGUAUCAAAUUUUCGAAAUUUACUAAAGAGUAUACGGUUUCGAUGUAUUGGUCAGCGAUGACGAUGACGACGUUAGGCGAGCAGCCAUCACCGGACACAUCGCUUCAAAAUCUUUUCGAGGUUCUCAACACGAUUGCCGGAUUGCUGCUGUUCGCCGUCAUCAUGGGAAGUGUUGGUGAUCUUGUGGCGAACGCGAACAAGGUGAAAACCUAUUGGCAGACGUUGAUGGAUGGUUUGAAGCAGUAUAUGACUUAUAGAAAUUUGAAUAUGGAGCUGCAGAAUAAAGUGCUCAAAUUCUGCGAGUAUGAAAUGGCCGAGGAGACGAUAUUAAAGGAGCAUGAGGUGCGCGAUGAGUUGCCAACAAAACUUUAUGGUCACGUGACGAAAUCGAUUAUCGGCAAUUCGUUGGUGAACUCGCCGAUUUUUCAAAUAUCGGAGCGAUGUUUCCUCAAUGAGAUCAGCGAGCUCCUCGAGCCGCAUUACUUCAGCCCCGGCGACGUUGUUGUCGAGAAGGGCCAACUUUGUACGUCGAUGUUCAUCAUUGUUAGCGGAAAAAUGAUCGAAGUGAAAGGCGAUGAGCGAAUUGAGCAUGUCGAAGGCGAGGUGCUCUGCGAUGCGAAUUUGUUCUGGUUUGAGAACCACAUUGACAAUAAUCGGCACCUUCAUAAUAUUAUAGCAACCGCAUUUUCGCAGGUCCAUAUUUUGAAUCGAGAUGAUUUUUUCAAGGUUUUAGAGGCCUAUGACGUCAGCUUGAAGCGGAGACUCUGCGAUGCUGCGUAUCGAAUUCAAAAAGGACGCGGCGAAUUGAAUAAUCGACCGAAGAAGAUGAUCGAGGCGGAAGAUAUUGAAUCGAACUUCAAACGCCUCGCCGCCAUCACGUUGGACAUCGAACGCAAUCUGACGGCGCUAGAGAAGCAAAUUCUGAUUUUUACCCAAUCUACGAAACGACGAGUUUACAUUGCUGAACGGAACAUGUGUAGCCUUCUACGAAAUAAAGAUUUAUUAUGA